AUGUUGAGAGCUAUUGAUAGAUAUGGAAGAAGUUCUGAUUGUAAGGUCAACUAUUAUGACAUUUGGAACUUGAUGAACAAGAUAAAUGAGAAGCUUCCUGCAAUGAAUUUUUCGAUUUUUAAGGGCAAUAUGAGUUACUCUCCCAACACAAAUGCAUUUGCUUACGGUUUUAUGUCACCAACACAGCAGAUUAAAAUGAGAAAUGCCGUUUCCUUUUGUUUGGAUGCUACACAUGCUAUCUCUGACAAAAUUGAUGAGAUUUUAUAUACCCUUCUUGUUCGUGACAAAGAAAUUGGUAGAGGAUGGCCUGUUGCUUUCAUGGUAACAAAUGACCGGGGUGUUGGCCCUAUUGUACAGUGGCUACAGUUUUUGAAGUCUUCCCUUUUGCUGAUCAAUCCUCAGCAAAUUACUAUUGAUUGCUGCUCUGCAGAACUGUCUGACUCUGUUAAGAUUCCAGGUGCUUUGCCUUCUGAGGCUCAUCUUCUUCGUAGUGAAAUGAUAAGAUAUCUUCAAGAUAUUGUGUAUGAAGACAAUCUGGACCAGUUCCAUCAAAAACUUGUGGAAUUCAAAAGUGAAUUCAGUGACCAAGAAUUAUUCUUAGACUACUUUGAAAAAAAUCGGUGUACUGAAGAAAAGUUUAAGAUCUGGAGCUGUGCUUAUCAUGAAUGGCAAUUUUCUCAUAUGCUGACAAACAACUAUAUUGAAUUGUGGCAUAAUCAGCUUAAAACCGUGUUCAUGAAGAGGUCAAGAAAUAAGAGAUUAGACAAACUUGUCUUUAUCUUGGUACAUGAUGUUGAGUACUAUCUAACACAAGAGUACAAAAGAGUUAUGUCAAACAAUAGAACAAUGAGCUCUUUUACUAGACAGCAAAGAAUCAGAGAGAUGGAAGCAGAAGAAGUUAAUGAUGAUGCAAGAGAGACAAUGAUUGUUGCUUCAGUAUCAGCAGAAGACAGUAGCUGGCAAGUGCAGUCAUUUGUUGAUGAGAACACAGCAUAUGUAGUUGAGGUUACAGAUAGGCUGAUUAUGAAAUGUACCUGUUUCGAUUUUGAAAGAAGACAAAAACCAUGCAAGCAUAUAUAUUUGUUAAAAAUGCACACUGCCUUUUCUUUGCACUUCUCAACCACUCCUUUAAACUCUACCUAUGAACACAAUGUCAUCCCAAUCCCUCAACCCAUCACCACAAACAAUUGCUCCUCCUUUUUCUUUGAUCAGUGCAUUCAAACAAAUCAAAUACUGCAUCAAUCACAUCAAGACCUUGCCACAUUAGCACAGUAUACAACAGACAACGAAGCAAAGCAUAUAUAUGACAUACAGUAG